AGAUAAGAUAGCAAAUAUAUUUUGAUAAACAUAUUUUAUGAUUCAUUGGCAGCGGCAGUUGUAAUCUAAUUGUUGGGAUGACAGCAGAGUGAUCUAAGAUUUGUGUUAUUCUAUUUUAUUUUGACUACAAUGAAGAUAUUUUGCAUUUUCGUGCUGGCGCUAUGCGGUGCCGCCACAGCGAGCGUAGAACGUGUCACCGGAGGAAAUAUAGCACAACCAAAUCAAUUCCCUUCUGCAGUGUCAAUUCAACAUACAAUGCAGGCAGAACCAUCUAGGUUAAUCCAAGGCCAUGUGUGUGGAGGUACAUUAGUGACGCGCUUAUAUGUGUUGACAACUGGUACUUGCAUAAUGCAGACACAAGAGCCGGACUCUCUUCCCAUUAUUAUGAAUCAGUAUAGAGUAUAUGCGGGAGGGGUAAAUCUUCUGGAACACAAUGUAGAUCGGAUUCGAAUCCCAGUCAACAUCACUCUGCACCGUGACUACAUUGGACCCCCAGCAUAUGUCAAUAAUCUUGCUAUUAUUGGCCUUAACGCUCCGUUUGGAAACGAUAUAAUUCCGGUGGCUUUGCCAAGUGCAGGCUCCCAGCUUCCUACCAUGACACAAUGCUACGCCGCUGGAUGGGGAGCCGAUCACAUUAACUUCACUGAAAGCUCUGUUCAACGAUACGUUUCGAACUACAUAUAUGACCAGCAAAUUUGCACCAUCCGGUACAAUCUAAAUUCUUGGAUGAAUAUACUGCCCAGUAUGUUAUGUGCAGCGUCUUGGGACAUUGUGUCAGCUGGAUGUACAGGUGACAUCGGUAACGGUUUGAUAUGUAAUGGAACAUUACAUGGUGUCCUGUCAGUAUCAAACAAUUGCCACGGUAAUGGUGUACCUGAGGUGUACGUUCGAGUCGCCGACUAUGUCCCAUGGAUCAGAGAAGUCACAGGAGCUUCUUCUACCAUCCAACCAGGAAUGGCUAUGCUAGUGCUAUUCGCUAUUGUUCAAUUUAUAACCGUGAAGAUUAUAAGUUAAAGAACAAUUUACUUUGCAACUGAUACUGAUAGAAGAUGGAUCAAAAUUGCCCCACGUCUUGUAACAAAGUAAUAUUACUUUAUGACAGUUUAUGAAUCCCAAAAAAUAGAUAUAAUGGUAUAAAAAAGAUGGCACAAUUUUAAACCAAUUUUCUUCUAUAUGAAGAUAUAAAUAAAUAAAGUUGUAUGGAAUAUGUCACAUUUUUAUAGGACGUGGGGUAAUAAUUAUUAUUGUAUGGAUUAUGAUCCGUCUUUUUCUAAUGAUAUUGUCGAUUUUUUUUUCGUUAUAUUUAAGUAAAUGUAAUCUUGAUUAUUGUUUGAUUGCAAUUCAAAACAAUAAAUCACGAAGUGAUAAAAAAUAAAUAAUAUUUUAUCAGGAACAUGCAUAUAUAAAAGAUUAGCGUCUAAUUAUACAUAUUUUUAAAUGA